CGCUGGGGGGAUUGGUGGUCCCCGCACUGGCUGCUGGGGGUCGCGGGGGGGCUACGGGGCCCCCGGCCUUGCGGGGGCUGCUCCAGCCCUGCUUUUCCCCCAGGCAGGGGUCUGCUGGUCACAGGCAACCCCGGAGCCCCUCUCUGCUCUGGCUGCCCUCACCUGGCACCUCCAGCAUGUGGGAGCUUGCGGCAGAGCCUCUGCAAAGGGGGUUUGCCCUGAGCCUGGGCUCUGCCUGGCGUGUUUUCUUCCUGCGCCCAGAUAACUCCAAUUUGCGGCUCUGCGUGCGGGAGAUAAUUGGAAUACACCUCCGUGGUGUGUGGGAGGAGAGUGUUGCGCUGGUCUUUGUUGCCUUUUAGAAACGCAUAAGGAGGGAGGGAGGAAGGCUGCAGUUUUUUUCUAAGUGCAAAACUGCUAGAAGGGCUUGUUUGUUUUAAAAGGAAGGAAAAAUCCUUUGGAAACCAGGCAGCGCCAGGGUCUGUCCACCAGAGUCCUGCGUGGGGGAAGACACCACUGCCAUGCUGGAGGCCCCUGGACAGUCUGUGCGCAGAGCAGAGCACGAUGCCUUUCCUGCACGGCUUCCGCAGGAUCAUCUUCGAGUAUCAGCCCCUGGUAGACGAGAUCUUGGGGUUGCUGGCAAUACAGGAUGCGGAACAGCAGAGCACCCUUGAGAGCCCUGCCUGUCUGGGCAAUGACAGGAGCCAGCUCUCGGCUGUGAGACGAGUCUUGGAGCGGGAGACUCACUCCCCGUUUUAUCAGGAAGGUGUGAGCUAUGCUUUGCUGAAGGUCACCGAGCUGGGGCUCGUCCCUGCUGCAGAAAUCCUCCUGGAGUUUGGAGCUGAUCUCAGCUUUGAAGAUCCAGUCACCUACUACACCCCCCUGCACAUCGCAGUGCUCCGCAACCAGCCGGAUAUGGUGGAGCUCCUGGUGCACCACGGGGCCGACAUUAACCGGAGAGACCGGAUCCAUGAGAGCAGUCCUCUCGACCUGGCCAGUGAGGAGCCCGAGCGGUUGCCAUGCCUUCAGCGGCUGCUUCAGCUGGGGGCCGAUGUCAACGCAGCUGACAAAAACGGAAAAACAGCGCUGUUGCAUGCCCUGGCCAGCAGUGACGGUGUCCAGAUCCACAACACCGAGAGCAUCCAUCUCCUGUUGGAAGGAGGUGCAGACGUCAGGGCCACCACCAAAGAUGGUGACACUGCCUUCACCUACGUUAUCUUCCUGCUGGGAGAAAUGGCGUGCAGCAGCACCGAGGAGGCACAGGUGAUCAAUCGCUUCUGCUUUCGUGUCACACAGCUGCUGCUGGCCCACGGUGCCAACCCCAGUGCUGCCUACAACUGCUCCCUCCAUGGUCCCUCGUGCUGGUCAGGCUUCCACAUCGUCUUCGAGUGCCUCUGCUCGCACCUCAGCGUCUCUGAAGAUGACAGCUUCUCUACCGACCUCAUCCAGAAGGGUCAGACUCUGCUGGAGCUCAUGAUGGCCAGUUCACAAGCCAUCCAGCUGCCCAGCAACUUUGAGGUCAACACCAGCAGCUGUAGGUACCACGGGGAGAAGAUCAGGACUCUCUUCUGCUCUCUGAAGCAGCUGGAGCGCUCCCCACAGGCAUUGAAACAUCUCUGCAGGGUGUUUAUUCGGCAGCGCCUUAAACCGUGGCCAGUAGAUGUUAAAAUCAAGGCUCUACCUCUUCCAGACAGGCUGAAGUGGUACCUCCUCAUUGACCACGCUGCUGCUGGGCACGAGGACCUCUGAGCCUGACUAAUGCCUCUCCAUGUCCUCCCUCCACAGUUGUGGUGCGCCUACAGCCACCACAUCUCUGCUCUGGGCCAGUUUUCUCUGCUGCAAGAGGUGUUGCUGUCCACAUGCCCACGGCUUGGCCAGUGCUGCCCACAGCGUCCCUCUCUGCUGUGUUCUGGGGGGUAUGCUUUUUUGGGCAUGAUGCCACGUGCACGUCUGUGGAGGCCUCGUUGCUCUGGGGCACGUUGUGGGGAGGCAGGCAGAGCCCUGUGGCUCCCUGGGGGUGAAGAAAGCCCCUGGACAUCGGGGACCUGGAUACUUGGGCAGAGGGGUGGUUUGUUUGGAUUUUAAGAAAAGUCCUGGCAGGCUGUGGGGCAGCUGGAGUGGUGUGACUGGACAGGCAGCUUGUCCCUUCUCUUUGCAGCCCUGCCAGGUCUGGGGUGGGUGAAGCAGUGCCUUAGGCGAACGGCAGAGCUGUGAGAUGCCUUGGGGUGCUGGGAGAAGAGGCGUUCCCUGUGCUAGGAGAGUGCUGGCAUCGGUGUCCUGGUUUCCUGCUUCUUGUCCUGGUGGUGGGAGCAGCUGUGGUGGAGGCAGGUCCAGCACCUCCCUGUGGAUGUGGAUGCCUUCCUCGCUCACGAGAGCUUCUGAAACCAGGGGCGAGGGUGAAGGAAAGCAGGGCUGGCAGCAGUGGCUGGCUGCUCCGCACCCUCUUGAGUUUCUGCUGGGAGAACCCCAUCCUCCCGGCACGGAGGACUGUCCAAGGACAUCUCGGAGGCGCUGGGCUCUAAAACAGACAAAUGGAUGUUUCUCAGCUUUGUGGUGCUUUCCCUGUGCAAGGAUGAGGAACAGGCAGCUAACUCUGCUGAGAGCCUCGUGCCUCCCUCCCUGUUCCUUCGCUCUUUCCCUUGCUGACUGUUCCCAGGAUGUUGGUCUCCUGUGCCUCCUUCCCAGGAACAAGAAGCUGCAGCAGGACUCGGGGUUUUCUUUCCAAGUUGCUAUUGGAAGCUCCAAACUCUGGAGGUCCCGUGUCCCAGCCUUGCCACAGCUAUCUCUCUCCCCUUCUAGGCAUCUGCUUCCUUGUGAUAUGCCAAAGACUGGCCACAGAGCUGACCCCCCACGUUUUUGUUAUUUUGGUUUUUGUUUGUCAUGGGGGACAGACGCAGAAGAGGAUGAAAAGAGGAAAAAAAAAACCAGUAUUCUGAGUAGGUACAGUUUAUAGCAGGGGGAUCUGGGAUCCACUGGCAGUUUAGCUGCAGAAGGGUUGUCUCCCCCCGUUGCCUUCCUGGCAGCAUGAGUUUUACCUUCUCCCACCCUGUGGAACUGGAGCUAUACAUCUUGAUGAAUUGAUGUUUAAAAAUAAUAAUAAUGUGAUCAAAUAUUCCCCCUGGUGUCUGGAAUGGGAAAUGAGCAAUUAAAUGAGGCCUUUUGUAAUAA